CACCAUGGCGACGGAGAGGGAGGCUCUCACAAAUCACAGCACUGUACUUGCUCAACAAAGAAACCUGGAGAAGACACAGAGAGAGAACAAAUUUGAAAAGAAACGAGAGAGAAGCAGAGAAUAGUUGGCGGGGGUGGUGAUAAAUCUCUGGGGCCGACUGCAGGGUUUCGAGGGUGGCGUCGGCGGAAGCAGAAGGCGAGACGACGGUAAACGGCCGUCUCCAGGGGUUUCUGUCGGCGCUGUUCGCGAGCAUAGGAGGAGUCUUCGGGACCAAUUGCAAGGAAGGAGAAGAAGGAAGAGGGCAAGGAGAUAUGGCCGCGAGAGCUGUUGUUCCACAACCCAGAGGAGGAGAAAAUCAUAAGAAUGUGGCCGGAGAAGCAGCAAGGCACAGACGAGCUCUUCAGGAUAUUGGUAAUCGAGUGUCAGAGCGAGCUGCUCAACAGGUAUAAACUUGGGACCUAGUUAUAUGUGUCAAUUCAUGCUCUGAAAAUCGCCUUUCGGUUGGAGUUGAAGUGAAAUCUGAACCAGAUAUCGUGUGUUAGAAAAAUGCAAAGCAAGCUGUAGAUCGAGCAUUAGCAAACAAAAGAACAGUCACAGAAGUAACAGGCGCAGCCAAAGAGAAGGCCCUUGAGAAACCUGUACCUGAGUCUGUUGUUGUGAUAAGCUCCACAGAAGAAGACAACAGUAAAGUUGCUGUUAGAAGGGAACCCAAAGCAGCUGUAGAUCGUCCAUUAGCAACCAAAAGAACAGUGACAGAAGUAACAGCUGCACCCAAAGAGAAGGCCCUUGACGAGCCUGUACCUGAGUCUGCUGUUGUGAUAAGCUCCACUGAAGAGGAGAACAGUAAAGUUGCUGUUGGAAGGGUACACAAAGAAGGGCCCUCCACAAAGAAGAGUCUCACUUCUGUUCUCACGGCACGAAGCAAGGCUGCUUGUGGGCUAGCUAAUAAGCCUAAGGACUGCUUAGUGGACAUUGAUGAAGCCGACGCUAAUGAUGAGUUGGCCAUGGUCGAGUACAUCGAUGAUAUCUACGCUUACUACAAACUCACAGAAGACGAUGGUCGAGUACAUGAUUACAUGGAUAACCAACUGGAAAUCAAUGUCAAGAUGAGAAUUAUCCUGGUGGACUGGCUGAUAGAAGUUCACCGCAAAUUCGAACUCAUGCCAGAAACUCUGUAUCUCACUGUAAACAUCGUCGACCGGUACCUUUCCAUGAAAGUGGUCCGGAAGCGGGAGCUCCAGUUGGUUGGGAUAAGUGCGAUGCUAAUAGCAUCCAAGUAUGAAGAGAUUUGGGCACCGGAGGUCAGUGACUUUGUAGUCAUAUCAGACAAUGCUUAUGUUAGAGAACAAGUGCUGGUCAUGGAGAAAUCAAUAUUGGAGAAGCUGGAAUGGUAUCUGACGGUUCCCACACCAUAUGUCUUUCUAAUCAGAUACAUCAAAGCCUCUAUUCCAUCUGAUAAGGAGAUGGAGAACAUGGUGUUAUACCUGGCUGAGUUGGGUUUAAUGUACUAUUCCACAAUAAUCCUCUAUUGCCCCUCUAUGAUCGCCGCAUCAGCAGUUUAUGCAGCCCGGUGCACCCUUGGGAAACACCCAUUUUGGACUGAAACCUUGAAGCACCACACAGGGUACUCUGCAGAUCAGCUGAUGGAGUGUGCAAAGCUUCUUGUUCACUUUCACUCAGAGGCCGCAGAAUUUAAGCUCAAAGCCGCUUAUAAGAAAUUCCAAAGUCCCGAUCGAGGUAGCGUGGCUCUUCUACCUCCAGCCAAAAGCCUUUCGGCUGAAGAACCAUGAGACGUUCCCAGCUAGGACCAGAUUUCAAUUCUGCAGGACACCGGUUUGGGGGGCGGGGGGGGCUUGUAGAGAGAAGUUUCCCGCUUGCCUUUUAGGGAGGAGAGAGAUCAUCUGGCUUUUAUGAUCUUUAGAUUUCUUAGUGAUUUUCUUUUGGGAUGCCCGUGUAAGCAAUGACUGAUGAAUGUGGAUUUGCUGUUACUGACUUCUUGUUGAUAUUUCACUCAGCUUGUGGUCCAUGA